AUGGGACAACUCCCUCCAGCUCGAUGUAAUCCGAAUCCAGCAUUCAUUAAUACUGGUGUGGAUUUUGCUGGGCCAUUUAUAUUAAAAAAAUGGCUUGGCAGAUGUAAACAAACAUAUAAAGCAUAUAUUGCUGUGUUUGUGUGCUUUGCAACAUCAGCCACUCACUUGGAAGUAGUCAAUGGAUUGUCUACUGAAGAGUUCAUAGCAGCAUAUAGACGUUUUACAUCACUUCGAGGAGUAUGUAAAAACUUGUAUAGUGAUUGUGGUACCAACUUUGUUGGUGCAAUAAAAGAGCUUCAAUCACUUGAAAGUCAAGCAAACUACAUGUGUGACUUUGCUCAUCAGCUCAGCCUUGAAGUCACAAAUUGGCACUUAAAUCCUCCUGGAGCACCACAUCAAGGUAGAAAAUGGGAAGCUGGUGUUAAAUCAAUGAAACAUCAUUUAUCAAGAAUUAUGGGAGCAACUCUAUAUACGUAUCAUCAACUUGAUACACUAGUUAAACAAAUAUCAGCUCAACUCAAUUCAAGACCUCUUUGUCCAAUGACAAAUGAUCCAAAUGAUCUAGAAGCAUUAACGCCUGGACAUUUCUUGAUAGGUAGAGCAAUGACUGCUAUACCUGAGGGUCAAUUAAUUGAUAUUAAUGAUGGUAAAUUAUCAAGAUGGCAAUUGAUACAAAAACAUAGUCAACAACUAUGGAACCAAUGGUCAAAUGACUAUAUUAAACAAUUCCAUGUACGCACCAAAUGGUGCACAUCAGACAAUUCAAUCCAACUCAACUCAAUGGUAAUAAUGAUGGAUGAAAGAGUUCCACCAACUAAAUGGCCGCUCGCUCGGGUCAUACAACUUCAUCCAGGUGAUGAUGGUCUAGUCAGAGUUGUGACCAUCAAGACCUGUACCUCAACAUUCAAAAGACCAAUCAGCAAAUUAUGUCUGUUGCCUGUCAGUCCAGAUGAGUGA